ACUUUCCCACCUAGUUCCGCGGUGUCCAUUUUCACGCAUAUACGUUACUUUCGUCAUUUGUACAUAAUGUUUGAAGUAUAUAUGUUUUAUAUACAUUAAUAUGCGAUUUAAAUAUGUAUUAAGCAAAGUAUAUAUCAAUAUAUGCCUUGUUACAGCGUUGAGGAUCGAUCGCACUUCUUGGUCUUUGUUUCCCGGGGAAAUUAUAUUGAGACGUUGGACUAGAUGGGCGCCCAUUACUGUGCCAUUUGUCGGCAAACAACAUUUAACGGGAAAAAACACAUAUUCGGGAAAAAUCAUCAAAGCCGACUAAGACUUGUUCUGAUGAAAUUUAUAGAAAAGGUGAAAGAAGUCCGUCGAACACUCAAAAAACCCGAAGUGGAAAAGUGCGAUAGCACUGGGCAGAAGAUAACCUUCUGGUGUUACUGCUGUGGGCUGGAAGUGGAACGAGAUGUUACUGACGGUAACAUGACUGUGUUACAUGGGGGCUUGUUGGAGCACAUGGCAACGCGCGAACACAAGAAGAACACUCACAAGUUCUGGUGGGAAAACAAGGCUGAUCCCAAGCUAAGAGACAAAGUCAUCAUUACGCAAGAGGAGACUGAAAAGUUUAAAGCUGAGGUGGCCAAUGUUUUGGAAACAUAUGUGGAGAAGGAGGAUGAGUACAUUAAACAGCAAGCAGAGUCCAUCCGGGCCCAGGAGAGGCAGCGACAAGAACUCCUCGAGUCUCUUUUAGAGCGCGAUGCAGAGUCAGAGUUGUCCAAUGGACUCAGUGGAACAGAAACAUCAACGAAGGCUAGCGUCAGAUCUCAAGGGACGUCAUGGGGAACCAACCAGCAGGCAGGAAGCAGCCGCUUUGACUCCAUGGUUGAUGCGCCGCAAGAAGGCCUGACUUUUAUUGGCCAUCAGGAUUCAUCAAACAGUGGCAACGUGCACACAGGUGCGGUGCCUCCUUGGCUCCAAGACGAUCCUCAGGAGGGUGGUUCUAAAAAGGCAGCACUUUCCGAGAUCGGACCGUCAGUCCAGGAGUUCCACAGACAGAAGGAGCAAGAGAAGCUGAAAAAGCUCCCCCCUAACCGAGUGGGGGCCAACUUUGACCACAGCUCCCACACCGACGCUAACUGGCUGCCGUCUUUUGGUCGUGUAUGGAACAGUGGCAGACGUUGGCAGUCCAGGCACCAGUUCAGGCAGGAGGAAGGACAGAAAAACGGCGCGAAGAGGAGGAAAAAGCCUGGCGCAGAAGGAGCUAAGAAAGCGAGGAUGACAGAUGACUAAUGUCUGCUCUUUGAGAGGAGCUUCAGGUUUGCCAUUGGACAACUUCACCACACUUCUUACAUUAUGAUUUGUAGCUUAUCCACACACAGCCAAAAAUGUUUGCGGUUUCAUAAGCUAUUUGCUAACAUUUGAGUUGCUUCAGGAUGCUUACCAAUAUGUUCAGACGGAAUAAACUGGUAUAGUUUUUCCUUCACUCAAAGUACAAUUGUUGUGACUGACUGUCAUAUUUACAUCGCUGGCACAGGUGUUGUGUACCAGAACAUGUGCUGAGGUGCAAACAAAACUAACAAGUAACAAGACAGAUUAUUUAAUGACUUAAAUGUAAAUAGAUUGUACAGUAGUAAAGGAUGCUUAUUUUUGACCACAUUUUCCAUUUCAUUUUAAGAUCAAUGUUAGCUUGGAAAAAAUGCAUGCAAAAGUCAUGUUAUUACCUCCAACAAAUAAAAACACCAUUGACCAAAAAAAAAUGUUGACACCUUU